UUUUAGGAGAGAGGGCGUACGAGAAACUAGGCCUCAAGGCCUUUGGCCAACCAGGGAAGGUCGUUGCUGCAGUCAUUAUAUCGCUACACAACAUUGGAGCGAUGUCCAGCUAUCUGUACAUUGUGAAAUAUGAGCUGCCUCUCGUCAUUCAGGCAUUUCUCCGAAUGGAAGAAAACAAUAGGAUGUGGUAUCUGAAUGGGAAUUAUUUAAUUGUGAUCGUGAGUGUGUUGGUCAUCUUGCCCCUUGCUCUGAUGAGGCAGCUCGGUUACCUGGGCUAUACCAGUGGAUUCUCACUGACUUGUAUGGUGUUUUUCCUCAUCUCGCUGAUCUACAAGAAAUUUCAAAUCCCAUGUCCGCUCCCCCCGUCCACUAACGGUACCCACCACAUCAGCUCACUGUUUGCUGCCACAAACCAGACCAACAGUGAUCAGUGCACAGCGAAACUGUUCACCAUCAAUCCUCAGACGGCCUACACCAUCCCCAUUCUGGCCUUUGCUUUUGUGUGCCACCCAGAGGUUCUGCCAAUCUACACGGAGCUCCGAAGGUAAGACCAACCAGGAACAGCCCUGUGCCUGUG